CGAGGCUCCACCCUGCACUAGUGCAUAAGCGAUGUAUUACAAAGGCUUUGGUUUUAGGAGUAGGCAACUUUCCUUGUAACCAAUCCAUAUCGAUCUCUGUGAGCAGGUGCUGGAAUUGUUCAAGAUGGAUCCAGCCAAUCUCGACACUACAAUGGGUGCAAUGUACAUAGGUGUAACUUGUGCGGGAAUACUUUACGGAGUGUCUUGCGUCCAAAUGUGGCUUUACUACGCUAAUUACGAUGACGUAUGGCUCCUGAAAUCGUUGGUAGCGGCUGUAUUUUUGUGCGACUCUAUGAACCAGGCUUUCAUAAUCCAUAUGCUAUACAAGUACCUUGUGAUGAACUUCGAGAAUCCUUUGGAACUUGGCAGCCUCGUCUGGAGCCUCAUCAUCGAAGUGCUGUUCAAUAGCCUUGUGGGUCUUCUCGUGCAAAGCUUCUUCACAUAUCGCAUCUACCGACUAAGCGGGAAGAACGUGUAUUUAACGUGUCUAGUGGCUGCACUAGUUCUAGCGGAAUUUGGGCUUUCACUUGCCUUCACGGUCGAAGGGAUGAAAAUGUCCACAUUCACAGAACUGCUGUCCUUGAGGAAUCUGUCCAGGUCCGUCAACGCAUUAGCUGCCGUUGGGAACGUAUCAAUCGCAAUAUCAAUGGUGGUUUUGCUCCGUAACACCAAGACGGGGCUCCGCAGACCAGAUAGUAUCGUUAAUAGGCUUAUCAUCUUCUCUCUGAACACAGGGAUACUCACGAGUCUAUGUGCAAUAUUUUCAUUGAUUACGAUUUCGGCGUUUCCUGGCACUCUCAUUUAUUCGGCGUUUUUCUUCGUUCUGGGUCGCGUCUAUGCAAACUCUUUUAUGGUCGCCCUCAAUGUUCGUCGUCGACUACAAAAGGCAGACGUUGAAGAAGCUUAUCCUAUAGAUUCUACGCAUCUGACCUACAUUUUUGAUCAUAGUACAAAACACGAUUGUACGUCGGAGAUCAUCUCGCGUCACCAAUGAGGUCUGGCUCUCGACGUUCCGGUAGAACUCAAUACUGAGCAUUGUUUGAUUGCAAAUGGUGCCCAAAGGGACGCUUCAGUACAAGAUACGUAUGUGACGACGACAAUGAUCCGCGAACCAUUUGCCACGGUAUUUUUACUCCAAUAGACUUCUUGAGGGUACUGGUGUAUUUGUAUUAUUACGUACGUAAGCCCUUGUGGGUCUGACAGUUUGUAAAAUAACCCUUGAGAGAAUAUGCCUCACUGUCUUU